AUGGGCAACCAAAUGAGCGUUCCACAAAGAGUUGAAGACCAAGAGAAAGAAUCAGAAACGGAGGCUUACAAGCCUAACGCUGGGAGCCUUAAUGGGAUCCCAGUGAUGAUAUCCACCCAUACUGUUCAGCACUACGAUGAAGUGGAUCUGGGAAUAAGCAUGCAGGAGGAUAAUGUGACCACUUCUUCCCCCAAGACAAUGGAGAUGGGCGCUGUGGCCGAUGCCAACGGAAAGAAUCUUGGGAAAGAGGCCAAACCCGAGGCACCAGCUGCUAAAUCUCGUUUUUUCUUGACUCUCUCUCGGCCUGUACCAGGACGUACCGGAGACCAAGGCACGGAUUCAUCCAGCGGACCCGCGAAGCUUGAUGUCAGCUCCAAUAACGCUCCGGGGAACAAAGACCCGAGUGAGGAGCCCGCGCUUCCGGGCGCAGCUGCACCGGGCAGGGCCACGGAUAAAACCCCGGGGCGGACCCCUGCCCCGGACCAGGCCCUCUCUGCCCCCGGGGCACCCCAGUCAGGGGCGGCCCCCGCCAAGGACACCAGCUUUUUUGACAAAUUAUUCAAACUGGACAAAGGACGGGACAAGGCAGCAGUUGACAUCCAGGAGGAGGCCAGGAGGGCAGAGAGCGAGGACCAGGCGGAGGAGGCCCCCGGAGGCCCGGGGCAGGGCGAUGCGGUCCCUGCAGGGAAGGACCUAGUUGACAGCAAGGAAACAGAAGGACAAGAGGUUGAAACUUUGAAUUACUCUGUCCCUGGGGACCCAGAAGGACUGGAGAUUGCAAAGGACGACUCCCAGGCAACAAAUACAACAGAGAGUAACAAUUCCAUCAUGAGUUUCUUCAAAACUCUGGUGUCACCUAACAAAGCUGAAACAAAAAAAGAUCCAGAAGAUACGGCUUCCAAAGCAGAAAGCAUCUGCGAUGGGCAAGUGGGUCAGAAGACAUCUGAGACCCAGGCGAAGGGCAGCAAGAAGAAGCACCUGGAGAGCCCCCGGCUGGGCCUCGCCUUUAGGAAAUUGCUUAGACAUAAGGAUGCUGAGAAGUCACCCACCACUUCGGCCAACCUCAAGUCAGACAAAACCAACUUCACACCCCAGGAGACCCCGGGGACAGCCAGGAGCCCUAAAGGCUGCAGCCCUUCAGGUGCCGCGCAGUCCGUGACCGGGCCUGAAACCUCCAAGGAAGGCAGCAAGGAGAAGUCAGGACCCACCUCUCUGCCUCUGGGCAAACUGUUUUGGAAAAAGUCAGUUAAAGAGGAUUCAGUCGCCCCAGGUGCAGAAGAAAAUGUGGUGUGUGAAUCACCAAUAGAAAUUACAAAGUUUGAGAAAGUAGACUCAGCCUCACAAACAGUGGAUCUCACUGAAGAAGAAGAUGCUAAGCCUGAACCCACGGAAGUAAAACUCAAAAGAGAAGCAAGCAAGCCGCGGAGGACCUCCCUGAUGGCAUUGCUCAGACACAUGUCAGUGAAAGGGGAUGAAGGGAUCCCGCCCUCAGAAGAAAUAAACGGGAAAGACUCCAGCUGCCAUACGUCCAGCUCCACGGAGAAGCCGGCCACGCCACCAGAGCCCGAGCCCGCGGGGGCGGCCCAGAAGGGCACAGAGGCCUCCUCCAAGGACAAGAGGCCCGCAGCCGAGACCACCAAGCAGAAGAACAGCAAGCAGGAGGCCAAAGAACCCGCCCCGUCCACGGAGCAGGUCCCAGUGGACGCGAACUCGCUGCAGAAUGGGGGCAAGUCCCCAAAGAAACUGGAGAAACCGCGACAGUCCCUGGGGGGCUUCCUUAAGGGCCUGGGACCAAAGCGGAUGUCAGAUGCUCAAGUGCAGACAGACCCAGUAUCCAUCGGACCAGUUGGCAAAUCCAAGUAA